GACCCUCGGAGCUGCCUCGAGUCCCGGGUGUCCUCCUUGCUAUCGGAUGAAACGACUCCUCUCCAGUUCACGGGCACAAGAGGGCGCAGCGGGGCUUAGAGACAGGCCUCUCCGGCCGUAGUGAAGAAAUUACAUCCUGGGGGUUGCUCAGAGAACCAGGCAGGCCCGGGCGGACCCAGGGUGCUGUUUGAGGAGGUCACCCUGGAGACAAGCCGCGGAGCCGAGAAGGCGUGCGCCGGCGGCCGCGCGCAGAGACAGGCCUGGAGAGGCGGGAGACGCGUCCUGCGCGUGUGCCCCGCAGGGGACGAGACCGAAGCCCUGCCUCUUCCUUAGAUUACAACGAUGUCAGACAUUUCUAAAGACAGAGCAGUUCAUUCACUGAAGAAAUUGGGCAGUAUGUCUUCUCCAAGUAUUCACGAAUUCCAGCGAAAGGAACCUCAUGGGCGCACCAAGGACUCGGUGAGCGCUGUGUCAUAUGUGGAUGAACCUAGCCAGCAUGAUGAUGCGUCUCAUCUUACAGUUCAGAUGGAAAACACCUAUCAGUUAGGUCCUACCAAACAUUUUCCUGUGGAUGCUGUCAACCAUAUUUUGAGAGAUGUGUUAACUAUCUAUCUACAAGAAGAAGAAUAUGAACCAGAUACCUGUAGACAGUUGUCUAAAACAAUUUCUGAGGUCAUUAAAGCCCAGGUCAAGGAUUUGAUGAUUCAACGGUAUAAGUUAGUUGUGAUUAUUCACAUUGGACAAUUGAAUAGUCAGUGCAUACAUAUCGGAAGCAGAUGUCUCUGGGAUACUAAAAAUGAUAACUUUUCAUCUUAUGUUUUCAGAAAUUCUUCUCUCUUUGCUCUUGCAAAUGUCUAUGCAGUUUAUUUUGAGUGAUUAAAAAUGAGAAAUCUAGUUCUUCCUUUUUUUAAAUGAAGAAAUAGGUUGCAUCUAUGUGCACAGAAGUUUUGCUGUCCAAAAUGCUGAGAAAGAAACAGCACUAAUAUUUCCAACAACUGGCAGCUUUUGAACUUUUUUCGUUCUCUUGUAAGGAUAGCAGGGGGCAGGGCACAAGGAGGAAUCUUGUUUAUCCAAAUAAGAACUGAGUCUUGGUUCCACUAAAUUGUUUUUCACAGACAUAGGUUCUUAUUAAAUAUUACUUUUGGAACUAAUUAUUUUAAUUACUCUUUAAUUACAGCAUUAGAAUAUCUUGCAUUAUUCUUUAAUGAAGAACAGUUUUAAAAAAUCGUGGCUAUCUACCCUCACCAAUAAAUGACAGUGGAAUAUUCAAGAUGGGAUACACAAAUGAUAAAUAAUAUGCCUCAGUGCUGCAUAU